AUGGAGAUGCCACUGUGGACUGCAGAGGAUGAGGAAGAGUGUCCUCUCGGUCCAGCCUUCCCUUCUGGGUCCCGUGGCAGUCAGGAGCCGUUAAGCCAGGAAAAAAUCCUCAAAAUUAUGAACAUGGUGAAAAAUAAAGAAGUGAGCAUCGAAGGAGCUUUACAUUUGGCACAGAAAGAGGUGUAUGCUGAAAAGGUUCCACAGGAUUUGCUAACUGGUUCACAAUUUAACUUCAUUAUCUACAAAUACAAACACUAUCGGUGGCAGAAACGAAUUUUGCAGAUUGAUUUCAACACGAAGACCAUUUUUAACAUUGAAAAAGGAAUUAUUAAGAAACAGUUCCCUUUCUCACAAGUCAAAGGCUGUGAAGAUAGUGAAAGGAGGCGCUUCAGCAUUGUGUUUCAUGGGCGACAAGAUUAUGAGCUGGAAGCAGUGUCUCUUGAUGAUAAAAGGAAGAUAAUGUACCUUCUGAGCAGAGUUAUACAGAGCAAUUCGUACAAGAGAGCAGCAGAGUCCUGCUCUGGAAGACCUGCGGACUGUGAUGUGAUACACGAAGGACUGCUGGAUUUGCAGCAAAACGCUUCUGCAUCCACUGAAUGGGUGAAGUACUUGGUACAACUACGUGAAGGAGAAUUGACUUUAUAUUGCAUAGGUCUGGGAGGAAAGAACAAGACUGCGGACCCUGCAACAAACACAAUUAAUUUGUCGGGUGGUAAUGUGAGUGUCAGCAAGGAGAAUGGAUGCAGUACCUUUUCAGUUCAGACCAAAGAACACAAUUAUUUGUUUCGAAUACCCUUUACUGUCCAAAAGAACAGGGCAGAGGAUGUUAGCAAGCUCCAGAAUGAAUGGGUGUCUCUCUUAGAAAGGUACUGUCAGCUGUGCAAGGGUGCCUCACAGGAGGGAUCUCAAGGAUGCACCUCCUCCGAAGCAGAUUAUGAGGAUAUUACUGUACCUCUGAAUGAACAGAAAGAGGAGACCCUCCACUUUGGUGUGAGUUCCGCAACAAUCAGUCUGAACAAGUCUUCAAGCCCCCAGCCUGCAGAGGAGGAAGCAGCCCCAGCGUCGCCGUCUCUUCCGCUUCCCAUAAGUAAGGCAGAGAUUCAAAAAUCUGUCUGGGGAUCAUGUGACCCAUGCAAGAUAAAAAUAGAUGUAUCCAGACUCUGCGAUCAGUUCCAGAUUCAGGACACAGCAGCAUUUUCAAGCAACGAACCUUCAGUGAAUCAGCACAUCAUGUUAGAUCGAAAAGUUGCACAUAACUUCAGUAAGUGUAGUAAUAAGAACUGUGUACCCCUAUCUGGAAGCCUGGGGUACAUGCCCACACCAAAAGACACAGAAAGGUACCAGUCGUUCAGGGGGUCUCCGUCAGAGCUGCAUGUGGUUGAUCAGUUUAUGUUGGAGAUGUGUAAAAUCCCCCACUUGAGCCAGAGGCUGGAUCUCCUGCUUACUGUACGUGAGCUCCCCGUGAGCAUGAGAGAUUUGGAGCCUCUAAUAAACCAGAAAAUCCAAGCGAGUAAGCAGCUGCAGUCCAGCCAGAAAUUUGUUGCUGUCUUGGAGUACAUCUUAGCCAUUGGGAACCAUUUAAAUGAAAAGGCAGGAAAAGAGAAGGCUAAAGGAUUUCGAUUGUCAUCUUUGACCAAAUUGCCUCUGUUGCGGGGUAAGGAGAGGACAUUCACCUUGCUUCACGCCCUAGCAGAACAGAUCAUCUUACACGAGCCCGAUUUGGCUAAAUUUUCUCAGGAGUUGACAGAAUUUGAAGCUGUUCCUGAUGCUUCCAUGAAGGGCCUCAGUGCUGAAGUUGAUGUUUUAAAAAAAGAAUUGGAAAACGUUAUUCAGUGCAGGAGGCUUAUUAAACCCAAGACAAUCAAGGCAACAUCCCAGGAGUCACAGUUCUGCAAGGAACUAAAGGAUUUAAUUCAGAAAUAUGAAGGGGAUCUAUCCCAGCUGUCAAAAAGAUGUGAUGAAAUGAAGAAGCUUUAUAGCAACAUACUGGUAAAAUUUGGGGAGCCUCAAGACCUAGACUCUCAGGAACUAUUUGGAUGGAUAUCUUUCUUCAUUAGAAUUAAGCUGAUUAAGAAAAUUAAAACCAACCCAAAUCCUUUUGAUUAUGGAUUUACUGAACUUGCCCUGCGAAAGGACAGCCUGGCUGCGAUGACUCUGCUCUCCGAGCUAAAGCCCAGCUCUGGCUGCUGCCUGACGGAAGAGCCACGCGCUGCCUGCCUGCCGUGUGCCGCGCUGACGGGCGCUCCUCUGGCUCUCGCAACUCCUCGUUUAGAGGCACUGAUUGUACCAUAG